AUGGAUACUAAUCAGAAGUUUGCCCUGCACGAGGCUGCCCGAGAAGGGAGAGACCAGGUAGUCGAAUCGUUGCUUAAUGCCAAUCCAAAGUCUGCAUUUGUGAAAGACGAUGAUGAGCGUCUUCCGAUCCACUGGGCUGCAGCCUACAACCGAGUUCUGGUCGUAGAGAAGCUAGUCGCGAUGAAAGACUUCGAUCCGGAUGUAGAGGACGGUUCCGGCUGGACACCCCUUAUGAUUGCAGCCAGUUUAAAAGAUGGCGCAGGCGACGCAACGAUCGACCUACUACUCCGGAAAGGAGCCGACGUUUCUAUCAAAAGCAACACUGGACAGAAUGCGCUGCACUUCGCAAGUUCCAAGUCCAAUCUCUCCACCGUCCGCACCUUGCUUUCCAAUAAGUGUAGUGCAAGAGUCAAGGAUAAGCGUGGCCAGCUGCCCCUUCAUAGAGCUGCUGCAGUGGGAUCCGUGCCCAUUCUGAAGGCCCUCUUGGAAGAGGGUAAGAGUCCUGUUAAUGCAACGGAUGGAGACGGAUACACCGCACUUCACCACGCUAUUUCUGAGGGACAUGGUCCUGCUGCUAUCUUAUUGCUAAAAUCGGGAGCGGAACCAGACAAGAGGGAUAGUGAGGGUAGAUUGGCAAUUCAAUUGGUCCCAGAUGACAAAGUCAAGCAAUACAUCUUGCAGACAGCAGAGAAGGAAGGAAUUGAGCUCCCGUGA